AUAAAUACAAUAGUGCUUGCUCACACAACCUUUCCCAUCCAGUCAAUCAGCUUAUGACAGGUCAAUCUGGCUGCCAUGACAGAUACUGAACUAUUCCAGGACACAUCUAAUUACAAUCCACUGUCUUUGUGAAAUUGUCCAGUUAGCAUGUGGCAUCCCCUUGAUUGGCCCGUCACUCAGAACCAAGUGGAAACCCGAAUCUAACUUGUUCCAUCUUCAACUGGCACCAUCAGUUAGACUCUAACUGCUCUGUCUGUCUGUCUGGAUGACAUUGACUAUGCUCACACAGAGGCAGAUGUGACCGCCUAAAUAGUGUGGUGUGUGUGUGUGUGUGUGUGUGUGGAGGGGGGUAGCUUGCCUAGGAACCCUGUUAGGAAGCAGAUAGCUAGAGGCUGAUCCAGGAACAGCUGCACCUCUGCCUGCAGAGAUGUCAGUUGCAAGUCACUGCUGGGUGUAAUGCAUACCUAUCGCCUAUGUGGAGGCUGAUUUUCCAUGAUACAGACAUUAGCAAACACAUUAACACAUAUUAUACUGUACACAGUGUACACACAUAUCCUUUUCUGUUCUCACAAGAGGAGUGUAAGGGUCACCGUUACACACACAAGUUUGUUUUAAUUCUCUUUGUGGGGACCAAACAAUUGAUUCCCAUUCAAAAUUCAAUUUUCCCUAACCCUUAAUCUAACCCUAAUCCUAACCUCUAACCAUAAAUCUAACCCCUAACCCUAAUUGCAACCCUAACCCGAAACCUAACCCCUAGCCUAAAAUAGCCUUUUCCUUGUGGGGACCUGCGAAAUGUCCCCACUUCUCAGAAUUGUCCUUGUUUUACUAUAAUUUUGUGAGGACAGUUAAACCAAACACACAGCUCUCCUGCCAAGGUAUGUUCUCUUCCAAGUGGUGUGUACUAACCAUACAGGUGCCAUCCAAUGAAAACUUUGAUCCAGGAAAGGAUGCUUUAGGUUGGGAAAAUGUUAACGUUUUAAAGAGGUGGAGAUUGGAGGAGACAAGAAAGGAGGAGAGGAGAGGGGAAGAGAGGAGAUGUCACUGGUCUUAGUAGAUGCACACACACAUCAUAGUUAAGUCAUCCCCUAAGGAGCCCCUAGGAGCCAGAUGCAGUACUCCAGGGCCCAUAUUUAUAAAGCGUCUCAGAGUAGGAGUGAUGAUCUAGGAUAAUUUCGGCCUUUUAAAUUAGGUGACCUGGACCCGUAUUCACAAAGUGUUCCAGAGUAUAUUUGCUGAUCUAGGAUCAGUUUGAGCUUUUAGAUUAGGGGACCUGGACUUUUAGAUCAUAAUGAAUAAGAUUACAUGGACACAGGGGAUCUGAUCCUAGAUCAGCGCUCCUACUCCUGGGACACUUUAUAAAUACAGUUCCAGUGACUAUAGGGGAGUGAUGGAGCUGGAUGGAGCUCUGAGGGAGUAAAAGCCAACCAGAUGGUUCACAUUUUGUCUCAAUAUGCAUGGCCCUAAUUUUAGUCCUGACCGUUCACUCCCCCUUUAUUCUCUCUUUUGAUGGGCAGUGGCUUUUCAACAGGGUAUUUUGCCCUUCGUUGUAAGCUACAGUAAAGCAGUGCAUGUCCCAGGGGUUGACAUCAGGGGUUGACUGAUUUCGCUGACAUUCGCUGACAUCUCUCUUUCGUAUAUGUCUAUUUUCUCUGACGCAAAAUAGAAAGCAGUAUGAGGGUCUGUGCUCAUGCGAAAAUGAAUGGUGACCGGUGCGUGAGAGAAUUGUUGUUGUUGUUGUAGAGUUCAGUAAAUAGUCACACUCAAAACACAAAAAGGAAAAAACAAGGAGGCCUUUCAUUGACUUUGGGUCAAUGGAAGAAAAUUGGUAAUUCAUUUGACAAUGUUGGAAACUGCUCAUGUCCAUUGCUCUUCACCUGCUCCUAAUUUGAUGCAGGUCAGGUUGUAUAACAAGCAUUGUUCCUGUGCUAACAGAGUCUGGACAUGUUAGACUUUCAACCUGUCCUCACCUUUCACCCCCUUUCCACUGUAGUCAGCAGAGGAGAGGACACAGGGGUUUGACAUUGACAUUGUCUGUCUGUACCGAAGCGGCUGAACAAUAAUCUAAAACAAUAGUCUUGUCCAAAAUGUGAAUGAGAAUGCCUUUUUUUACCUGGUAAAAUAAAAGUAAUAGUAUAGAAUGAAUGAAUGUUGAAAGAGGUAGGGAGGAAAAAUAAGCAAAAGAACCAACUGAAUUAUGAAAUGAGUUUGUUAUGAACUCUCUGAAAUCUGCUUGAAGGGGGCAAGUGUGUAUUUUACUGAUCAGUGUACGUUUGUGAAAUGAGAAGCAUUAGCUGAUCCAGAACAGAAUAGUUGAGGCGCUCUCUCGCUCUCUCGCUCACUCGCUCUCUCUGUGUGGCGUGCGCUCCUUCCAGACGGGGAGACACAUCAUUGCGCUGAGUUGGACUACACUGGACACUGAGCUGCUGCAGUCUACUCUCUGUCUGAAUCUCCUUUAUCUCCUAAACUACUACCACUAGUAGUUUGUUCUUGAGAUCGGACAGUCUGAAUCUGAAAAGUCUGUUUUUGUCACUGCUCUGCCUCUGAAAGCCACAGUGGAUACUCUGGACAUACUGGACACUGAGCUGCAGCAGACCACCUCUCUUUCCUGCACUGCCGGACAGUUUGCCACGCAGCAUCGAACUCGUAGUUCAACUGCUAGUAGUUUGUUCUCUUUCAUCCUGUGCUUCUGGGGGAGGUAGGCUAAGGUUGAGACAGGAUGCUAACUGCUUGUUGACAACCCGACUCGGAAGGUCUUCCUCUCUGUUGUCAUCUUUGUCUUCUCCUUCAGUAGGUUUCUCAAGCUUAUUGAGUGCUUAUUUUCCGUCCGAGUCCAGUCUAAGCUGCCCUACAGGGCCAUCAUCAUUGGGUCACCACCAUGCAGGUGUCGUUAGUGUGCUCGGACAACCACCGUGGCGGUGGCGUGACACGCACCACGGAGGAACGUCUGAACCAACGGAACUCCAACAGCCCCAGUCUGGGCACAAAGAACAAGUUCCGCGCUGUGGCCAUGGUGGCCCGCAGCCUGGGACAGCUGUCCGUCAACAUUCCCUUGUCCAGCGACCAGAGCAUACGCACUGGCAUGAAGUAUAGAAAUCUGGGCAAGUCUGGAUUGAGGGUGUCCUGCCUGGGAUUAGGCACGUGGGUUACCUUCGGAGGACAGAUCACAGACGAGAUGGCGGAGGAAAUAAUGACACUGGCCUAUGAGAAUGGGAUCAAUCUGUUUGACACAGCAGAGGUCUAUGCUGCAGGGAAGGCAGAGGUCGUAUUGGGAAACAUCAUCAAGAAGAAAGGUUGGAGGCGCUCCACUUUGGUCAUCACCACCAAGAUAUUCUGGGGAGGAAAAGCAGAAACAGAAAGAGGGUUGUCCAGAAAACAUAUCAUCGAAGGACUAAGGGCGUCGCUAGACAGACUGCAGCUAGAGUAUGUGGAUGUCGUUUUCGCCAACAGACCGGACCCCAACACACCUAUGGAAGAGACGGUGCGGGCAAUGACCCAUGUGAUCAACCAGGGGAUGGCCAUGUACUGGGGAACGUCGCGCUGGAGCUCCAUGGAGAUCAUGGAGGCGUACUCAGUGGCCAGGCAGUUCAACCUGAUACCCCCUAUAUGUGAGCAGGCUGAGUACCACAUGUUCCAGAGGGAGAAGGUGGAGGUGCAGCUUCCCGAGCUCUUCCACAAAAUAGGUGUGGGUGCCAUGACGUGGUCUCCGCUGGCGUGCGGGAUCAUCUCAGGGAAGUACGAUAGUGGGGUACCCCCGUACUCACGGGCCUCACUAAAGGGCUACCAGUGGAUGAAGGACAAGAUCCUGAGUGAGGAGGGGCGCCGUCAGCAGGCGAAGCUGAAAGAGCUGCAGGCCAUUGCCGAGCGACUGGGCUGCACCCUGCCCCAGCUCGCCAUCGCAUGGUGCCUGAGGAAUGAAGGGGUGAGCUCUGUUCUACUGGGGGCCUCCAGCACAGACCAGCUGAUGGAGAAUCUAGCAGCAAUACAGGUUCUUCCAAAGUUGUCGUCCUCCAUCGUGCACGAGAUGGAUAGUAUCCUAGGCAACAAGCCCUAUAGUAAAAAGGACUACAGAUCCUAGAGGCUGCCUGAGGAACAUUGUUGGGCGGAGGUCAGCAUCUUCCUUCUUCCUCGUCUGCGACCAGCUUCAGUUGAACAAGACACCAGGCACCAUGGGAAAUAUAUAGCCAUUGAACCACUUGGGAAAGUCAAUCAGAGUAUCUAAAUAUAUAUCUUUCUCCCAGCCCAAAGAUUUUAGAGGAGACUUGGAGACAUUUCCCAUCCAAGGGAUAUUCACCAUUUCAGUGAAACAUUUGUAAAAAACACAUUUAUUUCAGUAAGGGGAAAACACAAAAAGUCACGCACAGGUCUGCCUUGCAUUAAUUUCCUGCUUGGCCAUCUUAUUAUUAUUUAGAAAAAUAGAUGGGACCCAUAGCAAGUCCUUAAAUGCACUUUGUUCAUAAACUAUUUAUUCUAUAACAGAUUCUUGAUUGAAAAGGAUCAGAAUCCAGAACCCCUUUGAAAAGGUUUUUGUCUUUUAUAGGUUCCAUAAAAUGAAUUGAUCCAGCACUCCAUUAAAGAUGCACUGUGCAGAAAUCACAAAAAUCACAAAAAUUCUAAUAGUUCGCUUAAUUUCAGUAUAUAUGACAAAACAAGCAAGUAUAGUGUAGAGAAUCACUGUAACAUCUAAACCGCUGUGAAAUAUAUUCUCCAUAACCAACAAUAUUGUAUUUUCAGCUGUUUAAAGCUAGUGUGCAAAACCGAAAGUAAGACAAAACAAAACUUAAGAACAGGAGCACAUAGAACAGAUCUGCCGCUUCUUAGACUUGCUUUCAAUGAGAAUGACAUAUCUAUAACACACAUUUCUAUGUGAAUUUGGUCAGGUCGCCCAAAAAGUUACAUAUUGCAACUUUAAAUAGCUAAUACAUUGGUGGUAUUGAAGACUGAACAAGAUAAGUUUGUUGAGAUUACCAAAGCUGAUACUAUUCCAUGCGUAGAUAAUAGAAAUAGAAUGAUGAGUGGACAUGAUUCUGUAUCUGAUAUAAAGGGUCCCACUACUCUGAUGAUGAGUUGAAAAAGGACAUUGAACACUUAAACAGUUAGUAUGGUUAAAUCACACCCAUUCAACUAAGGCAACUUGGGCUGCCAUCUUUUCAACUGGCAAAAAGUUGAGAUCUUGCCUGCACCCACUCUUUCUUCAGUUUACAGACUGAACCAUUGUGAGUUAUUUCUGAAUUUCACCUAGCUACAAGACUGUACAUCUGCCAGUCUGUGUGUUUUUGUUGUUGUUGUAAGCCUACCGAAUGGCAGUGUCUACCCUAUUCAUUGUAUUUCUUCACUUCUAUAUCUUUACACACACACUCCCUCCCUCUGCUUCAGUGUGAAGAGGGCAGCCCUCCCAGCCAUGUACAGUAAUGGCUUUUCAGAGAGCACUCAGUGAGAAAACCCCUCGCCUCAAAACUCUGUCACAUCCUAUUGUGACUGGAUCAGGUUAAGGGUUUUUAACUUUUUACUCUCUGUAUCGCAGAAGACGGGGUCCCGGGAUUGGUCAUGCAAUUUUCCCAGAGUGCUAGAUAAAACAGCUUCCUGUGUUAUGAAGUUAUGUAACACAAAACAAAACAAACUGGCACCACCAAAAACUACUUCUCCCUUCCCAAAAAUAUAUAUGUUUGAUUAAAUCGUAAUGUUCCAGUUUCAUAAAUGCUUUCUGUGAGCAGACAAAGCUACGAAAUAGUGAAGGUCCAGUGGGUAUAUUAGUGUGUGUGUGUGUGUGUGUGUGCGUGCGUGUGUGGAGCUCACUUUACCUGGUCGUAAUCACUGCUGUAGUUGGACAAGAGCCAUGUUCACUCGUCUAAAGCCAAAGAGAACACCCCAACACACAUAUUACUGUACUGUAUAAUACUCAAGGCAUCUAAUUGGUUUCUGCCAGUCAGAGUGACUGUGUUUUUUUAAAUUUCAGUCUCAACGUCGCUUGAGAUUAAUUUAGGAACGCUUUCAUGCAGCCUAGUCUCCUUUCCUCUGUCAUUGAAGAUGUGGGAACGUGCUAUUUGGGAAACACAGUUGCAAACAUAGUAUUUUCUGUGUUUGCAAUCUUGCAUUUACUGGCUAAUGAUGUUGUGUCCCUAUUCUAAACAAUGUUCAAAAGCAUUUGUGACCUAGACACACUGGUUGUAUCUCAUUCUAAAUGAGAUUGAGAUAGAAAGAGAGAAAAAGAGAGAGAGGGACAUGUCUCAGUCAAAGUCAAUGCUGCAAUCCUCAGGAGUAUCUUUGUUGGGUCUUUGGCGCCACCUUCAGGUCAUAAAACAUCAGUGGCAGCAUUGAUGUUGAUAUUUCUUGUCUGAGAAAACACCAAUCCUGUCUACAAUUGGUAUUAAAACCUGAUCCAUGCUUCCCCUUAAUAUUUUUAGUUAAAUAUUUUGAUUUGAUAAUGAAAUUUCAAUUUGGCAAGAUUACUUGCCAUUAUAACGACAUGCUCUAAUUAUGGCAAUGGAUGGUCGAUGGUAUGAUACCAUUAACAAGACAGUGAAGUCUGCAGUAAAUACAAUUUUGUAACACCUUACCCUCCAUUUUUCAUAAGUAUCUAUACCCAUUGGAGUUGUGACACUGAGAUAGUUGGCCCACAUCAACUCUGCUGUCCAACCAGUUACUGAAAUAAAUGACUGGGUCUGAAAUGACUGGAACUUGAGCAUUAGGUCUGAUGAUAGUUUAAGGUAGGCUGAUGGAUGUGCUUCCAGGAUAACUUAGCCCAUAGUUCAGCACAACAUAGGCCUGCAAGAUUGAUGGGUUGUCCAGAUUUGCAGGACACCAGACAAAAAAAGUGACUGUUUAUAUAUUGCAUGGGCACCCACUAUGACACUACUCUUUAGCUAAUGUUGAUCCAAAUACAGCAUAUUGUCUGAGUGUAAACAUACAGCUUUUUUAAAGUUGUAUACCUAUGUUUUUCAUGUAACAUACCUAUGUUUCGUAUGCUUAUAUUAUGUACCUAAGGAUUACAACUGGCCUCGCCUGUAAGGGUUUUGGCUUUCACCAAAGCUCACAACUGAGCAACAUAUAGGAAACCUCUUAUUUUAAAGACAGGUUAUAUACUGUAACCGCUCAAAUUGUACAGUUGCAUAUGUGUGUGAGUGUGUGCAUGUGUUCAUGAGUGCGAUCCUGUGUAUGUGUGUAUACCAGUAACCAACACUGCACUGUUUCGUCCUGUGUGCUCUGAUGUUGACUUUGUCAGGACAAUAAAAUAUUUGUUGCAUGUGCAUUUCUCUGAGCUUGUGGUUACCAGGCCUGGUUCUACCUAGUCCCAGGGAGCUACUGCACAAGGCAUCUCUACAUCAGACUGUCACUUAGAAACAUUAAGUAAAGGAGUGUGUGGGAGCUAGCCUGGGUGCCAGGAGAAAGAGAUGGGCACCCAAGCUAUGCGUGAGCCUCAUCCUAUGAAAAGUGAUUAUUUAGCCACGGAUCACUCUCUUUGGGUGUGUUCUUAAGUAAAUGUACAUUAUAUAACAUUUCUAUCCUUUCCAGAUUGAUGGAAUGCUGGUCAGUCACAAGUAAAUGCAGCCCGAGCAUCUAGUUAAGGCACGCUAUGAAGACACACACUAUGUUGUAGAUAAGAGCAAACAUAAUCAACUAAGUAGAAUACGCUACUGUGCAAUUCAUGUAAAGGGACUAAUUGACAAGCUAUUUUAAUGGUCUUAUUUUUUACACACACAAAUACUGUGCAGCAUAGGAAUCUUUAAUAUAGUCAACUGCAAGCUAUUUGUACAUUUGCAAUGUCAAAAUACAUAAUGGAUUCACAGAUUCUUUCUGUACUGUAUAUAAUCUAAAUUCUGUAUAUACUGUAUGGCUGUUAGCUAUCACUUUCUGCCUUUGUUUUAUCUUCUGUUCCUUUUGCAAGCAUUGCUUACUGAAUUGUGAUUGAAGCAGACUUUAGGUGAAUUGUGUUUACAGCUUGAGAACGUAUAAAUAUAAAAAUAAAUGCUAUAAAUAAAAAUAAACGUAUUGACUUCAUACAGAA